CCCACCAGCCCCCGCCCCGAUAUAUUCGCCGCAGCCCACACCUGCCACCAAAUUUCCCGUCCCCGCAUCUCCUCCGCGCCGCGCCGCAGCCGUCUCCCUCCUACCUCUCCCAGUCGUCGUCGUCCUCCUGCCUGCCACUCCUUCCGCUCCGCCCGAACCUUGCUCGGCCCGCCUCUUCUUGGAUUGGCGGCGCGGGCGCCGGGGCCGGGUCAUUGGCGGAGAGGGCCCGGCCGGGUCUUCAAGAACGGGCGGCGGCGCUUUUCCUGAGGCGAAUUCGGCCUGGUCCCUCUUGCCCCGCCGCGCGUGGGAGGGGGCGGGGGGGCUCGGGAAUGGGCGGAGAGCAGCGGCUGCGUCGCCUGCCCCGGUUCCCAUCUCUCUGAACUUAGAUGGAUGCAUCUGUGAACGCCAAGAAGAAGGUUAGUUCCUGCGGGGGUACCGGUCACAGCCGCUGUGGUGAGGUGCAUCGAGCCACCGUGCGCUCCGGUCGUAUGCGAAGCAACCCCUUCUCCCUUCAGGUUUGGUUCGCUUUUCCAUUCAAGUAUAAAGGAAGUAGGAUUUGGCAUGGCAUUUGAAUAGCAUCAGAACCUUUAAAACAAAGUUUUGUGUAUUGGUGUUAUACUUUACGAAAACAUGGUGGACGAAGAACUGUUUUAUAAGGACACUAGUGAUCACAGCAUCAGCUCUGAGGAAGAAGACAUGCUUGUGAGGAGUUGUAGCAAUCUCAAUGUCAGCUUUGGAUACCAUUGUGAUUCUUAUACAAGCUUUCCUUCUGAAAAUUCUCAUGAGAAUGGUAUCUCCCCGAGGAACAUAUUUGGGACUGAUACCAUGAUGGGCUCACGAAAUGGCUCAUUUACUUGUUUAUCUGGUGCUGCAAUAAGUGCAAAUUUCACACUGGCAAAUACAAAUAUCUGCAAGGGUCUUAUUGGUGAAGAAAUUUUACCAGGACUAGAUUCUCCAAAUUCCUUUAGAAAAAUUGUUUCUUCUCCAUCAAUGUCAAGAUUGGACUCGUUCUCCAACUCACAAGGCAGCCCUGAUAGCUCUAUUUUUGAAAUCAGUAAAAAUACUUGGAGGUCAAGCGCUCCAACAGCUGUAUCAUCCAAUUUUCUGACUAAUACCGAGGUGAAAAUGGCUGGCGGAGCUGCUGGGGAGGAUAGAGUCCAAGCUGUGUGCUCGGAGAAAAAUGGAUGGCUGAUUUGUGGAAUAUAUGAUGGAUUUAACGGGAGAGAUGCUGCUGAUUUUCUAGCAGUAACUCUAUAUGACAACAUAGUAUACUACUUAUACUUGUUGGAGAAUCGGAUCAAGCAGCAAAAUGGUCUGUAUAAUUCGUCAGAAAGCUCUCUUAGUGGUGUUAAAAGUGAGCUAACACUAGCCAUGAGAAUGGCAGAAAAUGAAGAUAUAAAGUUUUCUGAAACAUUUCGAGCUGGUGUGCUGAACUGCCUUUCCACUGCUGUUGAGCAAGCUGAGAAUGAUUUUCUAUGCAUGGUUGAACAAGAGAUGGAUGAUAGACCAGACUUAGUUUCAGUAGGAUCUUGUGUUCUGGUUGUGCUUCUUCAUGGAAAAGAUUUGUGCAUCUUGAAUCUGGGUGAUAGUAGAGCUGUGCUUGCUUCCAUGCCAUAUGCAGAAAAGGGCACCUUAAAGGCUAUUCAAUUAACGGAGACCCACUCACUUGAAAAUCCAUUGGAGUACCAAAAACUUAUAGCUGAUCAUCCCAAUGAUUCUUCAGUUGUAAGGGGUAACAAAAUAAAAGGAAAGCUGAAGGUUACUCGUGCUUUUGGAGUUGGCUAUCUAAAGCAGAAAAAGUUCAAUGAUGCACUCAUGGGCAUUCUCCGUGUUCGUGAUUUGAGUAGCCCACCUUAUGUUUAUACAAAUCCACACACAUUGAGUCACAAAGUUACAGAUGAUGAUUUGUUUGUCGUGCUUGGUAGUGAUGGCUUAUUUGAUUUCUUCAGUAACAAUGAAGUUGUUCAGUUGGUUUAUCAGUUCAUGCAUGAUAAUCCAAUGGGAGAUCCUGCAAAAUAUCUCAUCGAGCAACUUAUACUCAAAGCAGCCAGGGAAGCAGCUUUAACAGCUGAAGAAUUGAUGAGGAUACCUGUUGGGAGUAGGAGGAAAUACCACGAUGAUGUGACCAUCAUUGUUAUCAUCCUUGGAAAUGCACAGAGGACAAUGACUGCAUCAACUUCCUUAGAGAGAGAGAGAGAGAAAAAAGCCAGGAUGGAGGCGUUCAUCCACGAGGACUACGUGAACAAGCGCAACGAGGUGAGGAGGGAGCAGAGGCGGCGGCAGCUGCAGAUGCUGCAGGUGGGGGGCAACCCCGGCGCGUCCCGGGAGAGCCCGAGGGUGCCGGACCAGUGCCUGACGCCGACCGGCGCGUCGCCGUCCGGCGUCAGGUCCCCGGCGGCGAGCGCGAUGUCGCUGGCCGGGGAGGCCGCGGGUUGGCCGUCGGAGCACCGCCGGCUAUUCGACUGCCUCAAGCCGUACUAGAGCGCGAGAGCGGCCAGAUGCUGGCUUGUCGUCCGGUGUCCAACCGAAUAAGCGUGGAGUUCUUGGUGCUGGAGUUACCUCUGCUCAUGUAAAUUUCAGCUUGUUUUUGGUGUUCGUUUCGGGCCGUGAUCGGCCGUGUAUGAGCACCAGGUCGAAUUAAGAUGAUGUUGGCAUGAGCAUGUACUAGCGUGAGGCCGUUCUGGUCUGUUCCAGGGUCUGGCGAUGCUUGAAUUCAGCAACUGAGCUGAGCAAUCUCUGCUGUUCAUGUGUCACUUGGCCCAUGUCGCGUGAUAAGAUGUGUAAUGUGUUCCAACUUAUGGAUCAGCGGUUAGCCUACGAAGAAUGGAAGGAAAACAAACAGUGCCUACUCCUAUCUCAAAAUUUCUCCCUCGGGUUUAGAGUCUAAGAACUAUUGUAACAUUUAACCGUGUAUAUAUCUACAAGAUGGAUAUUUCGAUCGGUUUAA